AUGUCGGUUAAUUCGAACAUUCUUGAGGAUAAGAUAAGCCUAGCGGUUUUAUACUUCAAGUCAUCGCAGUACGUCAAGGCUCUCAAACUUUAUAGCGAGAUCAUUAGGGAUCUUUUGAAAUAUGAUUCUGACAAUAUAAGAGAGAUUAGGCGAAAGAUAUAUCAUAUGAAUCCAGAUCCUGUGAUGGGACCAUUGGUUCAUCCCAAGCUCUCUUCGAUUUUGGAUCAGCGAGCUGCAACUUAUGAGAAGCUAGCACAGUACCAAGAAGCCAUGAAAGAUGCUGAAAAAAUAAUCAAGUGUGAUCCUUUAGGUUGCAAAGGUUAUUUAAGAAGUGGGAAAUUGUAUUUAAGACAAGAUAGGGAGCUAGAGGCCUUUAAAGUAUUUCAGAAAGGUGUUUACACUAUAAACAAGGCAAAAGAAAAGUUCAAUAUUCAAGUUCCCGAUAAAUUGUGGACCAAUUUGAAGAGUCAGUACACGAACGUUAAUAAACAAUUGAAGACCAAAAGGAAAGUUACAAACAAGGAAGCCCCCAAGGCCAACUCAGGAUCACAGAAAAGCCUUGAUGAAGUUUUGGGUACCAAACGAGCAUCUUCUCUUGCCUCAUUUCCUUCAGCAAGCUCUGAGAAAAGCAUUGAUCCGGUAGAGUGUUUGCCCUUGGAGAUCCUUGAAUUGAUAUUUUCCCAAAUCAACUUGAAAAGAAUACUAUCCUGUCAUGUUGUUUCUCGUUUAUGGCGAACCUGCCUAAUGAAUAUUCCUUCUUUGUACAGUGAUCGAGUGAUAUUUAAGAACCGUAUAACCAUAAAUGAAUUUUUAAGUGGCUUUAAAAUUAUUAAACAGAUAGUUUCAAAAACUUACUCAAAAGAAAUAAAACAGCUUAAACUAAGAUCAACUUUUGACUCUACCCAUGCCCCAAGAAUCCUUGAUUACAUUUUUGGUGAAAAAAAUACCAAAUACCAAUCAUUGGAUAUAAUCAACAAAGACUUUAGCAUGGAGCUUCUAGUGAAUAAAUUGAAUAAGUUCAAUUGGAACGUUGAUCAAUUUUGCAAUUUAAAAGUUCUCAGAAUGGGGAUAAACGCAAGUUUGAAAUAUGAGGAGUUGAUUUUAGGUGUGAUGAAAGAAUUGAACACUUUAGAGAUUGUCGUGAUUGACAAAAAGUUUAAUAACUCUAACCGAUUUAUUCUCCCUUCGGAAGAAACGAUUCAAAAGCAUCAACAAGGUGAUCCAAUAACUUACUCAAGCUUAGAAAAGCUUACUUUGGUCAACCACCCGCAUUUGAAUAAACAAUUUAUAGCAACCCGUCCAGGCGCUGAUACCUAUGAUCCAGCACCUCCAUUCAUAACCAGAGAAUUCCCAAAUCUUACUUCUCUUACAAUCGUGUCUUUUGAUUUUACUGAACAAGAGUCUAAUUUUGGAAACUUUCUAUCCAAAAGUCAUUAUUUGAAAAAAUUAUAUUUGGAAAAUAAUGAAGGGUUGACGAUUAAAAAUUUAAUGAUGUUGAUAUCUAUGUAUCAGCCACUAUUUAAAUUAAGCAGAUUGACAAUGCGAGAAAAAUCGAUCGGCAAGGCUAUCAGCUUAAGAGAAUCUGAUCCUGAUUAUUUUUCUGCAUUAUAUGAUUUGGAGAUUCUAGACUUAUAUUCAUCCUCUCUCUCAAUCGGUGGGUUGACCAAACUAUUAGAUAUAUCAAAUCGCCAUGGUCGACUCCAAGAACUUUCCAUCGGCAACUCCAAUUAUAUAUAUUUCAAGAAUGAUAGAAUAACCACUAGACCAAAAAUUGAUUUAGAAACGAUACUUUCAACAGCCCCUGGUCUUUCCAAAUUGUCAUUGAAUGAGCUUGAUUUGGACGACUCAUCUAUGAGGUUCUUUCAUAAAAGUAUUCAUGAGGUAAUUGGUUUGAAAAGGUGCAACUUGAAAGUUCUUGAUUUAAGUUUUUGUGUUUCUUUGACCGGGGCCGGUUUAAUGAACCUUUUCAGGCCCGUUUUGGAUACUUACAGUAAAUCUACAAAUUCCUUGAGCUUAGAAGAAUUGAUUGUCGAUGGAGUCGAGAUUAAUGAGGAAACUUUAAAAAGUCUUAUGAAAUCAGGCUACAUUAGCAACAUCAGAAAUGACCAUUUUAGACAAAAAUGGAAACAGUAUGGGAUUAACACUUUGGUUCCUGACGUCUCAAGAUAA